AUGAUAGAGAAGAAGAAAAUAAUUCUAGUCCCAUAUCCGGCCCAAGGCCGCGUCACCCCGAUGCUCAAGCUCGCCGCCGUCAUCGCCGGACUCGGCCAGUUCCGGCCGGUGGUGCUCACGCCGGAAUUCAUCCACCGCCGCAUCUCGCCGAGGAUUGACGGCGUGCUCUGCCUGCCGCUCCCCGACGGCUUGGAGGGCGGCGUGGCGCCUGAUUUCUUCGCCGUGGAGAGGGCGAUGGAGGAGACCAUGCCGCCGGCGCUCGAGGAGCUUCUUAGGGAGAUGGCCGGCGGCGUCGCUUGCGUUGAGGUGGCGAGGAGAUCCGGGGUGGCGGCGGCCGGGUUUUGGCCGGCCAUGCACGCUACUUACCGGCUCGUUGCCGCCAUACCGGACUUGAUCAGGACCGGAGUUGUCUCGGAAAAUGGAUGUCCAAGAAAUCCAAGUGAUCUCAUUUCCUUGUCUUCCCAUGAGCCUACCUUGACUACAAAUGACCUUCCUUGGCUUAUUGGCUCUUCAAAAGCUAGGGUUUCAAGAUUCAAAUUUUGGACUCGGACUAUUGAACGAUCAAAAACUCUCCAAUACAUUAUGAUUAACACAUUUUCGGAGGGAUCUGACCUCAACACCGAACAAUCAACUAAAUUUGAUGGUGAAAAUUCGCCUCAAAUUCUCGAAAUUGGCCCUUUGAUCAUGCAAGCUGCAACGACUACCUCUACCACUCUCUGGGAAGAGGAUACGAGUUGCUUGGACUGGCUAGACAAACAAAAUGUAGGCUCGGUUAUGUACAUUUCUUUUGGGAGUUGGGUGAGGCCCAUCGGUGAAGUGAAGGUAAACUCUCUAGCAUCGACACUCGAGGCAUUGGGGAUGCCAUUCAUUUGGGUGGUGGGCCCUGCAUGGCGUCUGGCGUUGCCCGAAGGGUUCAUUGAGAGAGUGGCUACCUAUGGGAGGGUUGUUGAGUGGGCCCCACAACUCGAGGUGUUGCAGCAUCCGGCUGUCAAGUGUUACCUCACUCACCGUGGAUGGAACUCUACUAUGGAAGCCAUACAGUGCAAGAAGCCUCUCUUGUGCUACCCGAUCGCGGGCGAUCAAUUUUUGAAUUGUACUUAUAUUGUGAAUACAUGGAAGACUAGAGUGAAGAUUGAAAGAUUUAGAAUCGAAGAAAUCGAAAGUGGAAUUAGAAAAGUGGAAGAUGGAAAAUUUACGGGGAGGAUUGAGGAGCUAAAUGAGAAAUUAUUCGGAAAGGAAGGAAGCUCCAAAGCAAUGGCUAAAUUAUCUACAUUCAUUAAAGAUCUUAACACAUAA